GGUCUUUCCCUUCCAGAAUGAGCUUCUUUCGCUUGUUCACCCGAUGGCUGAGCUCAAACUCAGACUCCUCCAGCUUGAUCUGGCACUGACGACGAGUGACAGCAACCUGGGUCAAGAUCUUCACCACUUCUUUGUCAGGGAAUGCCUGUUCCGAGAUACGUGUGUUUAUGACCUUCUCCACUUCCUGGAGGAGAGGAAUUUCUUCAGUUGGUAUGGCCAAGAGAGGGACUAUCAUGUCCUGGUGAUGGAUCUCCUUGGGCCUUCCUUGGAGGACUUGUUCAAUUUCUGUGCCCGGCGGUUCACAAUGAAGACCGUGCUGAUGCUAGCUGACCAAAUGAUAGGUCGCAUUGAAUAUGUCCACAGCAAGAACUUCAUCCACAGGGACAUCAAGCCUGACAACUUCCUCAUGGGCAUUGGCAGACAUUGUAACAAGCUGUUCCUCAUCGACUUUGGUCUUGCAAAGAAGUAUCGGGACAGUCGAACUCGGUGUCAUAUCCCAUAUCGUGAAGACAAGAAUCUGACUGGUACAGCUCGGUAUGCAUCCAUCAAUGCUCACUUGGGAAUUGAGCAAAGCCGAAGGGAUGAUAUGGAAUCUCUGGGCUAUGUUCUCAUGUACUUCAACAGAGGAAGUUUACCAUGGCAAGGCCUCAAGGCAGCAACAAAGAAGCAGAAGUAUGAGAAAAUCAGUGAGAAGAAGAUGUCCACUUCUGUAGAAGUCAUAUGCAAGGGCUUUCCAGCAGAGUUUGCUAUGUAUUUGAACUACUGCCGUGGCCUGCGAUUUGACGAGGCCCCAGACUACAUGUACCUCCGACAGCUGUUUCGAAUCCUGUUCCGAACCUUGAACCAUCAAUAUGAUUACACGUUCGACUGGACCAUGCUGAAGCAGAAGGCAGCUGCUAGUGCAGCAGCUGGUUCCACGCAGCAAGUCCCAACAGAUUCAAUUACAAAGACGGCAGUGGCG